AUGCUUCUUACUCAACGCGACAAGCUGCCAGCAUCUCUGGCGAUCGCACGCUCUGCACUUUCUGCAUUGGCUAUGCGGUUGCCAACGAGCGAAGUAUGGGCGUGGCGGCAAGUUGGUGCGGAGCUUAGCGGACUUGUGGAUCAAGCUCGCGACCUUGUUUCACAGUACGAGCGUGUGCAGACAGAAGGGACGCCGCUUGAGAGACACCUCUGGUUCCAACAGGGCACGAGCUUUGAUGGAUGCUGGGAAUGCCUCUCAUUAGUCCAGGCACUAUGGUGCUAUGCAGUUGUCGGCGCAUUUGAUGACAGUAUGGGUCCUGCGCACAAGGGUACAGCAGCCAGCAUGGCUCAGCGUGUAUGGAAUCCCUCACUCUUGCCAUCAGCCAUGACUGUCCUUGAACAGUUACUCUGUGUGCUAGCAUCAAUCGGCACUACGCUCCAGGCUCAGUCUUGGAAAUGCUCUACAGUUUCAUCCAAUGCAAAAUCAUCGGAUACGUUUGGAUUUCUGUGGUGGGGCUUAUGUGAGUCCAUUCGGCGCUCCGUGCUUGCCACGCACGCACUGCUUGUAGUAUGGCAAUACACACGCGCUGCGUCGGAAGAGACACAUGCACCCGCUCCGCGCUUAGGCUCGCCACUCAUAUGUCAACACAUUCCUUCUAAAGUAUGGGAUCAUAUCAUGCAGCUGGAACUCCCUGCAAUUGCUUCCGUAUUUGAGGCGGACAAUGUAACACAGUGGCGCCUCAACAUGGAGAAGCACGCGACACAGCAUGGCGUCAGCGAGCAAAAACUCUCUCUAAUGAUGUGUAUGCAAUAUCGCCCGUCGUCGGCCAGCGAGGAUCGUGCGAAUAUACCAUUUUAUCUCACGUCGUACUUCCACCAUCACGACGAGUUCACGAACAUUUGCCUCUGCGCCCUAUUUGGCUUGACAGAGUCAUAG